CAAGAAGAGGGAUCAUCUGUCCCUAAAGCGGCUGCGGUAUGCGACAUACCUCGUUCAAGUGCUUAUAGACUUUUGGACGAGUUUAAUACUGGUGAUGGGCAUGUACUUGUAGGCACAACAGUCAAACCAAAAACUAUCAAACCUAAAAAACUUUUCCAGGAACAUACCGAAUUCUUGAUCGCUCUUUUUGAUAAAAAUCCAUCGAUUGUUCUUGAAGAAGCCAAAUCGCAGUUAUUAAGCAAC